AGCCGGUCCGCAAAAUCCCGCUGCCGAAAGUCGAUCGAAGCUCAACAGUAUUUCGUUGUCCCCGGUAUUCCCUCGGCACGAGUUUCCUCAGAGAAAUUCAACGGAGUAAUGAACUGAGUGGUUUUCGCUGCUUCCAGCCGUUUCUUCACCGUUUUCUAUAAAUCGUUGCAACUCUUUACCGUUCGGUGCGAGCAGCCAAUAUCGAUACGAAAGUUUCACGAGGAACUGGGAGGGACGUAAAAAAAGGCACAAAAUGCCGCGAUCAAGAAGAUGGAAGAGCUGCGUGACGGAAAAUCUGUUAACGCUGUUAACGCUGUUCGGUGUUUUCGCCGGUGUUGUGUUAGGACUCAUUCUGAAAUACGUGAACCCUGAAGGAUGGACGCCCCGAGAAAUAAUGUACAUUCAGUUCAUCGGAGAUAUUUUCUUGAGGAUGUUGAAGGCCCUGAUUCUGCCUCUGAUCGUGGCCAGCAUCGUCAGCGCCAUCGGCAGUCUCGAUCUCAGUUUAUCUGGAAAAAUUGGAAUGCGCUCGAUCUACUACUAUGGCACGACCACGAUCACUGCCGUCAUCCUCGGAAUAUUCCUCGUCCUCGUAAUUCGUCCUGGUACCAAUUCCACUGGAGGCUCAGCUUUCACGGUGCAAGAGGAAUUGGCGCCCACUCGAAACGUCACCACUGCCGACACUCUUCUUGAUCUAAUCAGAAACAUCUUCCCACCGAAUCUGGUACAGGCGUGCACGCACCAAUAUCGAACAGUACUGAUCGAGCCGAAAAACGUAUCGGAUGAAAUUGCUGGAGAUUUGAACAGAUGGGGAAUCGAUCACGAAUAUGCCGGCGGUACCAACACCCUCGGUCUCGUCGUCUUUGGCAUCGUGCUUGGAAUCACCCUCGGAAAAAUGGGCGAACAGGGAAAAGCCCUUUUGGACUUCUUCAACGCUCUCUCAGACGCCAUGAUGAUUAUUACGAAUUGGGUCAUCUGGAUUUCACCAAUUGGUGUGAUGUUCCUGGUCGCUUCGAAGCUCCUGGAAAUUGACGAUUUCGGUGCCAUCGUGGGCAGUUUGGGUCUCUACUUCAUGACAGUGCUGCUCGGUCUCUUCCUCCAUGGAUUUGGCACUCUCUCGAUCAUUUAUUAUGUUUGCACGAGAGAACUACCCUUCAAGGUUAUUGGAAAGCUUGGUCAAGUGAUGGUCACAGCUUUUGGAACAGCAUCCAGUUCCGCGACAUUGCCAAUUACGCUUCAAUGCUUGGACAACCUGGGUAACGACCCUCGCAUAACGAGAUUCGUCGUGCCAAUCGGUGCUACGAUCAACAUGGAUGGUACCGCCCUCUACGAAGCUGUCGCUGCUAUUUUCAUCGCACAGGUUCGAGGCAUCGAACUCACGAUAAGCAGAGUCAUCGGUGUCAGCGUGACAGCAACCGCUGCAAGUAUAGGAGCAGCUGGAAUUCCUCAAGCAGGUCUCGUAACGAUGGUGAUGGUACUGGACACAGUCGGAUUGCCAGCUAAAGAUGUCACUCUUAUAAUAGCAGUUGAUUGGCUUCUGGAUCGAUUCAGAACAACCAUAAACGUAAUGUGCGACGCGCUUGGUGCCUGCAUAAUCGAGCACAUGAGCAGAGGAGAACUGGAUGAAGUGGCAGCCCGAGAUCUCGAGGAGGCAGUUGAAUUGGCUCAUCUGAGAAAAACCGAAGGUUAGAAUAUCGUGUGAAAGGAGCCUGGAUAAGGAGCCAAUCUGACGAAAAUCCCACACACGAAUCGUGAAUCGACAGUAACGAGGGAAUAAGAUCCGUCAGACGAAUAUUUUCACUCAACAAUAUUGUCGAUCGAAAUAACAAGGAAUGCCAAAAUAGGCCAAAUACUCAUUCGCAUAUUUCGUGCGAAAAGUACAAAUUAAAUGAAACAGCAGCGAUUUUUAAAAAAUCGACAGUACACAGAUGUAUGUGUUUCGAAAAAGUUCGUGUUUUAUUUUAUAUAUGUAUAAUUCCGUAAUUUUAACGGAAGAUUGACCAGUGCCGAUCGUUAGGUUGUUUAUUAUAUUUAAUAAAAGAGCACGUCGUUGUUUGGGAAUAAACUAGACGAAUAAAUAAAUGACAUUUGCCAAUGUCUUUACGACCCAA